UAAUUGUAAACAAUCAACCAAGAGCAGCGUGAGAGCACCCUCAAAAAGCCAGACGAUAGCCGACCGUGAUACGUUCUGAUUGUGAAUUUUCUUGUUUAGUACAAACUGAUGUCUCGUUGAGCGAACUCGUCUAUAAACUUACUAGUCGCAGCUGUUUGAAUUUCAGAUAAAAAGGUUUUAUAAGUUUAUCGCAUAAGCCAACGUUCGAAAGGCUUACAAAAACCUUUAAUUGUUUAUAAGGACGGAAGGUAACAAUUGAUCGCACAAGCAAUAUGACUCGACCAAAGAAUAGUUCCAAGUUUAAAGGGUUCAUGCAAGAGAACUCUUUAACUAUCUUAACCAUAAUAGGUGUUGCAGUUGGAAUUAUUGUAGGACUGAUACUAAAAAACAGCACGGGACCAUGGACAAAACGAGAGAUUAUGUACAUAGCCUUCCCGGGAGAGCUGUUUUUAAGGAUGCUCAAGUGUCUAAUUGUGCCAUUGUUAGUUUCGUCAAUAACAAGUGCUAUUGGUUCUUUAGAUUUAAGUAUGUCCGGUCGAAUUGCAACAAGAGCAAUUGUGUACUAUUUCUUAACGACAGUAUCUGCAGUUAUAUUGGGUAUAGUACUCGUAACAUCUAUUCGUCCAGGACAAGUAGGACAAGUAGAUGAGUUUAUGACUGAUGAUGUUGAAAAGAACUCAAAAGUUCUUACACCAGAUACAUUGAUGGAUCUCAUCAGGAAUAUGUUCUCGGAUAACAUAGUUCAAGCAACAAUGUUUCAGUAUCGGACAGAAAUACGAGCUCCUACAAAUAUUACCCAAAAAGAUUUGCCCAUGGAACUAUGGGAAUUCAGUGGAAAGUAUAAAGAUGGAUCUAACGUAUUGGGUUUGGUAAUGUUUAGCAUUGUACUUGGAACAACAAUUGGCAGAAUGAGGGAACAAGGUAAACUUCUGCAGGAAUUCUUUACAACUCUUAGUGAAGCUAUGAUGAUUAUUACUUCUUGGGUUAUUUGGAUUUCACCUCUUGGAGUGGCAUUUUUGAUUACCGCCAAAAUUAUUGAAAUGCAUUCUUUAGUUCUUGUAGUUCAACAACUUGGAUGGUAUUUCCUUACUGUAAUGUUAGGUUUGAUCCUUCAUGGAUUUGGUACAAUUCCACUUUUGUUCUUCUUGGGGAGCGGAUCACUUCCUUACAAGUAUAUUGGAAAGCUCAGUCAAGUAUUGGCUACUGCUUUCGGAACUGGCUCAAGUUCUGCCACAAUGCCAUGCACCAUUAAGUGCCUCGAUGGUAUGGGUAUGGAUCCACGUGUUACAAGAUUUGUCAUUCCAGUGGGAGCUACAAUUAAUAUGGAUGGAACUGCCCUUUACGAAGCUGUUGCUGCCCUUUUUAUCGCUCAAUACAGACAAGUCAGCUAUUCGUUUGGCACUGUAAUAGCAGUAAGUAUUACUGCAACUGCGGCCUCGAUAGGUGCCGCAGGUAUUCCACAAGCUGGUCUUGUAACUAUGGUUAUGGUUUUGGAUACCGUGGGUCUGCCAGCAAAGGAUGUUUCCCUAAUUAUUGCUGUUGAUUGGCUAUUGGAUCGUUUCCGUACUACAAUCAAUGUGAUGUGCGAUGCUAUUGGAACAAUUCUUGUAAACAAAUUAUCAGUGAAAGACCUGGAAAUAGCCGACCGAAGUGCUGCGGAUCCACAUGAACUGGUUGAACUUAGCAAUGGACACGAGCUUAAGGAUUAAGAACUGAGAUUUUUUUUUCAUAAAACAUUUAUAUAGCCAGAAAAAAUUACAAGUAAAUAUUAAGCGAACUUUCCCUCAAACAAAUUGAUAUGAGAUGUAAAUAUUUAAAUCAGCAUAAUACAAAAAUUAGUUGUUAUCCCGUGAAUUAAAAAGAAACAAAAAAAAAGAUAAUAUCAAUAAUAUUAUAUAAAAGAAAUCGUAAAAAAGCUGAAUGCUAUAGUUUUUAAAGUAUAUACGUUUAUAUCGUAUAUAUGAAAAUAUAAUAUAUAGAAUCAUAUUUUUUAUUUUAAUUUUUUUUAUUAUAUUUUUAAUAGUAACAAAUAUUAUUAUUUCAUGGAUGUGUUCGCAUUAAUAAUUUUAUGCAUAAAUAUUUCUUUUUUGUUAUGUAUAAUUAUUUUUAUGUACAAAAAAUAAUUUAAACCAUGUCAAGUUUAUUAUUAUUUUUUUUUUUUUUAAACAAAACCAUAUUAAGUUCUAUUUGAACUUGUACAUAUACUUAAUAGUAUAAGAAGUUUAAAAGAAAAACAAAUGACAAUAAAAUAAAAUUAUUUAUAAAGCAAACUUUUAACAUUUUGGCUCUUAUGUAUAAAAACUAAGCUCUGUGGAAUAACCCUCAAUAACACUCAAAGACACUAAGUCUCUAAAAAUUGCAACUUUCUUUGUCGGGUUCAGCCCCACUCAUUUAUACCUUCAAUCGUGCAGGGAGACGUCUAUCUCUACAGGUUUAGUUAUUGACAAAUACUGUCUUUAUUAAGAUUUACGUAUAUUUUCUUUCAAAAAUUACCACCGGGCUAACUUUUGAAUAAAAACUCAGCGGAGAAUCAUGAUGACGAAACUGUUGGAAUUUUCAAAUUCCUGGAGAUGCAACAUGACUUUGGUUAGAUUCCCUAAAAAGUAUUUAACGUCACAAAGAACUAAGAAAUUCUUUCAAUACCUUUUGUGGAUUUAUUUAAUCAUCGGUUUUAAAUUUAUCUUGAACUUAUUUCUCCGAAUAAAGAAGUUAUUUCAUGCUUGCUUUGGGGGUUAUUGCAUAGAGCCAAAACCAAGUAUGCUUGUUCUAGUAUCUAGUACUAGCUUAAAUCAGCCAUUUCUGUUGAGCGUUUGCUGGAUGUUUUAGUUCAAAUAUCUUCUAUUUUAUUGAGUUAAACUGGCAUAUCAAUUGCGUAUGAAUAAUAUCGAAACCAUAUUAAAUUUUUAUUUAUAGAGGCAUUUUUAAUAAAUAUCGAAAUACAAGAAUAAAUCGAAAAACGUACAUGUAUCGAAGAGUUCUACGAAUAAAUUUUUUUUUAUUUCAUUUAAUGCAAAUUCAUUACUGAUGAAAAUAUAAUUUAAUAGAAAAAAAGAAAAAAAAAAAAAACUAAAAUUAUUCAUAAAUUAACACAGCCAUUCCAAACAAUCGUACCUAUUGAUAUUUUUUCUGAAAUUAAUAUUAAAAAAAAAAUAAAAAUGUGUUGAAAUAAAUAUUUUUUUUAUUAAGUAUCCCUUUCUAUAUAACUGUAAGUUUUAAAAUCCAAAGCAAUGUUCUUAGAAAUAAUAUGUGUUCGUAGUUAAUAAGCUAUAAUUAGCGAAUGUUUAAUUUUGGCACAUUAAAGUGCUAAUAAGUUCAGUCAAUAUUAUUAUUGUUAUAAAGGUUGAAUGUUUGUUAAAAAAAUCUAAAUGCAUAAAACGUUAGUAGUUAAAUAUAUUUACAUACUUAUAUCUGCGAAAACUGUUGAAAAUUUAUCUGAGUCAAUUGGUAUAACAGCUGAGAAUUUCCAUAGUUAACAUCGUUAGACGUUAAGGAUAGAUCUUCGAAUAAUAAUACGUACAUAUGAUUAUUUAGAUUGGUUUUGUAAUGUCUGGGACUGUUUUCAAUUUAUAAUAAAAAAAACUAAUAAAAACUUA